UCUAUCCUAUCGGGAGAAGAGAGGGUGAUGUCACCUGCAAGUUAGUAACCUACGAUCUUCUGUGGAGGAAACUGUUUAACCGGAUCCCAUUGUACCCGGAGCGCAGAGCCGUCUUUCUAGCAUGCGGGGGCUGCUCAGGUAAAUAGAUGCAACUCGGGGACUAUACUCAGAAGUGAAAUAAAUCAGAUGCACAUGUGUAAACAUCAUGUUGUUUCCCUCAUGUGAGAAGCUAAUGUGGUGACUCUCCUGAUUGAUAAAGAAGACUUCAUACAUUUCAGCCAUUGAAGAUAGAACUUCAGGAGCAUGUACAGGAGAACAUUGUUGGAAAUCAACUUUAAAGUUGCUGCAGCCAAACAUUCAGUGGCCAAAGUUUAGUCACAUCAGGAAACAGAACAGAAUUCAGCCAUGGCACCAAGGAAGAGAGGUGGACGAGGGAUUUCAUUUAUCUUUUGCUGUUUCCGGAAUAAUGACCACCCAGAAAUCACGUAUCGGCUGCGAAAUGAUAGCAACUUUGCUCUUCAGACUAUGGAGCCAGCGCUGCCAAUGCCCCCUGUGGAGGAACUGGAUGUCAUGUUCAGUGAGCUCGUGGAUGAACUUGACCUUACAGACAAACACAGGGAAGCCAUGUUUGCACUUCCAGCUGAGAAAAAGUGGCAAAUAUACUGUAGCAAGAAAAAGGACCAGGAAGAAAACAAGGGAGCUACAAGUUGGCCCGAAUUCUACAUUGAUCAGCUCAAUUCCAUGGCUGCUAGAAAAUCUUUGCUGGCUUUAGAAAAAGAAGAAGAAGAAGAGAGAAGUAAAACUAUAGAGAGUUUAAAAACAGCACUGAGGACAAAACCAAUGAGGUUUGUCACCAGGUUCAUUGACUUGGACGGCCUGUCAUGUAUUCUCAACUUUCUGAAGACCAUGGACUAUGAGACCUCUGAGUCUCGAAUACAUACCUCUCUCAUUGGAUGUAUAAAGGCGCUAAUGAAUAACUCUCAGGGCCGGGCUCAUGUCCUGGCUCAUUCUGAGAGUAUUAAUGUAAUUGCUCAGAGUCUGAGCACUGAGAAUAUUAAAACAAAAGUGGCCGUGCUGGAAAUCUUGGGCGCCGUGUGCCUGGUUCCUGGGGGCCACAAGAAGGUUCUGCAGGCCAUGCUGCACUACCAGAAGUAUGCCAGUGAAAGGACACGCUUCCAGACGUUAAUUAAUGAUUUAGAUAAAAGCACAGGGCGGUAUCGAGAUGAAGUGAAUCUCAAGACUGCCAUCAUGUCCUUCAUUAAUGCAGUACUAAGCCAAGGUGCAGGAGUGGAGAGUUUGGACUUCAGACUUCAUCUUCGCUAUGAAUUUCUAAUGUUAGGAAUUCAGCCCGUAAUAGAUAAGUUAAGGGAACAUGAGAACUCAACAUUAGAUCGGCAUUUAGAUUUUUUUGAAAUGCUCCGAAAUGAGGAUGAACUAGAAUUUGCCAAAAGAUUUGAACUGGUUCAUAUAGACACGAAAAGUGCAACACAGAUGUUUGAGCUAACCAGGAAGAGGCUGACACACAGUGAAGCCUACCCUCACUUCAUGUCCAUCCUGCACCACUGCCUCCAAAUGCCUUACAAGAGGAGUGGCAACACUGUUCAGUACUGGCUACUACUAGAUAGAAUUAUACAGCAAAUAGUUAUCCAGAAUGACAAAGGACAGGACCCCGACUCCACACCUUUGGAGAACUUUAAUAUUAAAAAUGUUGUACGAAUGUUGGUUAAUGAAAAUGAAGUUAAGCAGUGGAAAGAACAAGCAGAAAAAAUGAGAAAAGAGCACAAUGAAUUACAACAGAAACUGGAAAAGAAAGAGAGAGAAUGUGAUGCCAAGACGCAAGAGAAGGAAGAAAUGAUGCAGACCUUAAAUAAAAUGAAAGAGAAACUUGAGAAGGAGACAAGUGAACAUAAGCAAGUCAAGCAGCAGGUGGCAGACCUCAUGGCCCAGCUUCAUGAGCUCAGCAGGAGGACUGUCUGUGCUUCAGUUCCUGGAGGACCCUCACCUGGAGCCCCAGGAGGACCCUUUCCUUCCUCCUUGCCAGGUUCCCUUCUUCCCCCACCACCCCCAAUUCUGCCAAGUGGAGCCCCCCCUCCUCCACCGCCGCCCCUCCCUCCUGGAGGCCCUCCCCCUCCCCCAGGACCUCCUCCCUUAGGAGGGAUUAUGCCACCUCCUGGAGCUCCAGUGGGGCCAGCCCUUAAGAAGAAAAACAUUCCUCAGCCCACAAAUGCCCUCAAGUCCUUCAACUGGUCCAAGCUGCCUGAGAACAAACUGGACAGAACAGUGUGGACUGACAUUGAUGAUACCAAAGUCUUCAAAGUUCUAGAUCUUGAAGACCUGGAAAGAACUUUCUCUGCCUAUCAAAGACAGCAGGAUUUCUCUGUGAACAAUAACUCCAGGCAGAAAGAAACAGAUGCCACUGAUGACACACUGAGUUCCAAGCUGAAAGUCAAAGAGCUCUCAGUGAUUGAUGGCCGGAGAGCCCAGAAUUGCAACAUUCUUCUGUCGAGGUUGAAAUUAUCCAAUGAUGAGAUCAAACGGGCAAUUCUAACAAUGGAUGAGCAGGAGGAUCUGCCAAAGGACAUGUUGGAGCAGCUUUUGAAGUUUGUUCCUGAAAAAAGUGACAUAGACCUGUUGGAGGAACACAAACAUGAAUUGGAUCGGAUGGCCAAGGCCGAUCGCUUCCUUUUCGAGAUGAGCCGAAUUAAUCAUUAUCAGCAAAGACUACAGUCGCUGUACUUCAAAAAGAAGUUUGCAGAGCGUGUGGCAGAAGUGAAGCCCAAAGUGGAAGCAAUCCGUUCUGGCUCAGAAGAGGUGUUUAAGAGUGGUGCCCUCAAGCAGUUACUAGAGGUGGUUUUGGCAUUUGGAAAUUAUAUGAAUAAAGGCCAAAGAGGCAAUGCCUAUGGAUUCAAGUUAUCCAGCCUCAACAAGAUUGCUGACACUAAGUCCAGUAUUGACAAGAAUAUUACCCUUUUGCACUAUCUCAUAACUAUCGUCGAAAGUAAAUACCCAAAGGUCCUCAACCUAAAUGAGGAAUUGCGGGAUAUUCCCCAGGCAGCAAAAGUCAACAUGACUGAGUUGGACAAAGAAAUAAACACCUUGAGAAGCGGCUUGAAAGCAGUAGAGACAGAGCUGGAGUAUCAGAAGUCUCAGCCCGCGCAGCCUGGAGACAAGUUUGUGUCUGUGGUCAGCCAGUUCAUCACCGUCGCCAGCUUCAGUUUUUCCGACGUUGAGGAUCUGCUGGCAGAAGCUAAAGACCUGUUUACUAAAGCAGUGAAGCACUUUGGGGAAGAAGCUGGCAAAAUACAGCCGGAUGAGUUCUUCGGCAUUUUUGAUCAGUUUCUCCAGGCUGUAUCAGAAGCCAAACAAGAGAAUGAGAACAUGAGAAGGAAGAAGGAGGAGGAAGAACGCCGCGCUCGCAUGGAGGCGCAGCUCAAAGAACAGCGGGAAAGAGAGCGGAAGAUGCGGAAAGCCAAGGAGAACAGCGAGGAGAGCGGGGAGUUCGAUGACCUGGUCUCGGCGCUGCGCUCGGGAGAGGUGUUUGACAAGGACCUUUCCAAACUGAAGCGGAACCGCAAGCGCAUUUCCAACCAGGUGACGGACGGCGGCCGGGAGAGGCCAGUCACAAAACUUAACUUCUAGUUUCCUUUCAGUUCUUCUCCAGGAAGCCCAGGAGCAGCCCUUGGAAGCCACUAGGCCUUUUCAUCACACCGCGUGGCAGUGCUCUGAGUGCAUGCAUGUGCAAGUGGAUGUGUACAUAUGUGUGGAACUGUGCGUGGGCAAGUGGGCGUGUACGUACGUGAAACUGCGUCUGGAGACUUACGUGUGUGGUCAGUCCUCUGCGCAGAUGCACAGGCACCUGUGGCGUGCGUGCGUGAGAGUGUGCGAGGCCGUGCGCUUCCCUGCUUCCCUGGCACGGGGCCGUCCAGAAGCACAGCGGGGGCCUCUGAGCCGGCGGAGGGCCCUUCCACCCACCCGAGUGCCGAGGCUGGGGCCUGGACGGAGCCCGCCCUGGUGCCGUGCACGGGGUGCAGGCCGGAGUGUGUGCUGAGAACACCUUGCACACGAUUUGCAUAGAAUGUCAGUCAGAACUCUUUUAUAUGUUUAAAGCUUGGACGUCGGGUUUUUGCCCCCUAAUUUCAUCAAGUUUUCUGCUGAGUGCUCUUGAUGAUUUUUUUGUUUUGUCUCUAGGGGGAAAAAACGCUAUGUAAAUGAAAUCCGUGCCCAUGUUAAAGAACGAGAUUGCUAGAAUGUGCUUGUUCUAGUGUAGAUACUUAAUCCUUAAAAAUAGCCCUCACCCAAGACUUCAAGGAGGAAUUCUCCAAGGGAUGAACCUGAUUACUUUUUUAAUGGGGUGCCUUUUUUUUGGCGUUUUCUAUUUUCUUUUUGUAGGACAAGCUGCAUCUUCUGUACAUAAGGUAUGGGUAAAGAGCACUUAGCACAUACAUACAAUGUCAACAGACCCGCCCAGUCUGUUUAUCUCUAAGUAUAUUUGAAGUGGAUUGCUGUUAUGUGUUGUCAUUUUAAAUUGUGUGUUGGUAAAGCUACCUGUAAAAUUUCAAUCCAAAAAAUAAAGCUCUCAGGGAGAAAUGAAUACAAACAAUGAACAUUAGAAAAUAUGCUUACCAUUAACCUACUGACUCUUAAUACCCUUAAAUUAUGAUCUGUAAAGAGGACUGUUACUUUUUUUGCUUUUGCUUUAUUUAUUUGUAGUAUGUGUUGGGGUGGCUAAUGUUUUCUCUUCUCUUUCCAUCUGUCCUGUUAUGGUUGGGUUUCCUGUGGAGAGAGUAGUUCUUCCUGGUGCAAACAGUACUUACUAAAUUAAAUUUUUCAGUAAACUAACAUAUUUAUUAAGCACCUACUAUGUAUGAGACAUAGUAGAGCCAAGCUACAGUGGUAAACAAGACAGAGUCUCUGCCCCUGAGGACUCUGAGAUUCUCUUGGAAGUUUCUAGGGACAAGCAGAACACUAGUGUGUGUGCUAUACAGAAAUCAUACUACUUAGCUGGAUAUGGUGGUGCACACCUGUAAUCCUGACACUUGGGAGGCUGAGGCAAGAGGAAGUUUGAGACCAGUUUAGACUACAAAGUAAGCUCAAGUCUCAAAAAGAAAAAGAAAAAAAAAAGAAACCAUACUACUUAAAAGUAAUUUGUAUUAACUCUGAUGCUUAGUGCAGAUGGCAAGGAGUCUGUGCUGGGUGAAAGCUGUGAAAUAGUACUCUUAAGCUGUCAAGAGCUGUGGUUUUACAUUUUUUCCUCAUUAAAAACUUAGCAACUUUCUACCCAUUAUGUGGAAGUAAAUGACUGUUGCAAAUACAGUCCUAAACACAAGCAGUCACACUCCCACGCCCCUAUGAACUACAGACCGUGCUGAGAAGCCGUGGCCACGGGCUGCAGAAGCACAGAGAGGAGGCGGCUGGAAAGAUGGUUUUCUGUUACUUAACUAAAGUGCCUCUAUGUAUAUUCUUUUCUAUUCAUAGCUGGAGUAAUGUGGUCUGGCUCAGUUUUAGAACUGUUUUCAAAAUGGCUUCAUCUUACAGUUUAAGGAAUGAGCAGCGGAAGGAGUGGCGGUGAAGGAGGGUCUGUGUAGCGAGCCCCCCUCCGGAGUCAGCCUGCUCUGGGCGCGGCCUUGCUGGCGGGCUCCUUCGCCGCUUUCACUAUCGGUUUCUUUGCCUAAAAACUCUGUGCAGGUAAUUCAAUGUGCCAUCUUGGGGGGAGGGGGCUACUUUUUAGACUGGUGCUGGUGUAAGUAGUCACUUUUUUUCCUUGGGGGUGUAUUUUAAAGAUUGUUUGUUGUUUGUUAAAUUAAUGCCAAAAAGAAAAAAAGCAUUUUAAUUUGUAAACAUAGUUAUGUGUCUUGUAUCUUAUUAGCUUGGUAGUUUGAACCACUUAGUCUUUAGCUAACAGGACUGCUGUUAUUGUACCAAGAAAAAACUGUUGUAUGUGUUAUGAGACUGUACAUUUUUUUAAGAUAGCAAUAUGCAAUAAAGAUGACUUCAUUGGGUGUAUAUAUACAUAUGCUUUCUAUGAAUUAUUAAAAUAGCAUCAGCCAA